AUGAUUGGAAGAAUAGGAAAACCUUCGUACGGUACGCUGCUUCAGUGCUCUCGAAUUAGUGUCCCAGCUCUUACCACGAAACCAAUGACCUUAAGCCACCGUCACAUUCACAUGUCACCCUCACCAUCGCUCAAAUCAUCGACCACACCGCCCAUUCCCCUCGUUGGUCUUGGAGUAUUUAUCAUCCAUCCUACUCACCAACUUUCCACCCGUGAGAAUCCUAUGUAUCUCCUAGGCGAACGCAUUAAUUCGACUGCAGCCAACACGUGGGGUCUUCCAGGCGGACACUUAGAAUUCGGCGAAACUUUUGAAGAAGGUGCAUCCAGGGAGGUUUUGGAAGAAACCGGGUUAUACAUUCCACCCAAAGAACUAAAGUUCUUCCGCUGUAGAAACCUGAUAAUGAAGGAGGAGAAAAGACAUUUUGUGUCAAUUUUUAUGGUAGGAGUCUGGGAUGGGAAAGGGGAAGGGCCAAAAGUGAUGGAGAAGGAAAAGUGUAGAGGGUGGGAAUGGGUGAGUUGGGAAGAAACGAAAAAGUGGGUUGAGCUGGAGAAUGCUGGAAGGAAGCUAUUUCCAGGGAUGGGGAGCUUGGUUAGAGAACUGAAGGGCGUGGCUCCUCCAUCGUAA